CAAAAUUGAGCUUUUUUCCCUGUAAUCUUCGUUGUGAUGUCAGAGGAACUUUACAGAGACAGAGAGCAAGCGAUAGUGCGGGUAGUUAAUUGUUGGUGUUUUUGCCAUUGAUGGGCGGAUUGAGAUUGAGAUUUAGGUCAGUUUGCUAUUUUUUUAGUGGUAAAACCUAGCCAAGAAAUCUGGCAAACCUUGGGGGAUUGAGGGCUCGCUUGUCGUUGAAGCAUUCCGUUUCCGAUCACAACGACGACGAGGAAGUGUGCAGGCCUUGGCGUCGCAGGCUUUUUAUGGCUUUUACAUGGCGCUCCGCCCUCAAGAUUACCGCCGCACUUCUACUUCUUGCUGCUGUAGUAACUGCUUGUUUCACCCUCCCAAUCGAGAAGAUUCUGAAGGACUUUUUACUAUGGGUUGAUCAAGAUCUUGGUGCUUGGGGUCCACUUGUGCUGUCUGUUGCAUACAUUCCUUUGACAGUGUUGGCAGUUCCUGCCUCAAUACUCACUCUUGGUGGUGGCUAUCUAUUUGGGUUACCUGUGGGCUUUGUUGCUGAUUCCAUUGGUGCAACUGUUGGAGCUGGGGCAGCCUUCCUUCUUGGACGAACUAUUGGGAAGUCAUUUGUUGUUUCCAAGCUGAAGGAUUAUCCACAGUUUCAUUCAGUUGCCAUUGCUAUUAAUCGGUCUGGAUUUAAGAUAGUCUUACUUCUCCGGCUUGUACCCUUACUUCCAUUUAACAUGUUGAAUUACCUAUUAUCGGUGACUCCCGUUUCAUUAGGGGAAUACAUGCUGGCUUCAUUGUUGGGAAUGAUGCCCAUCACUUUUGCAUUAGUAUAUGUUGGAACCACACUCAAAGAUCUUUCUGAUGUUACACAUGGUUGGGGAGAAUUUUCAAAGACUCGUUGGGCAUUCAUAAUGUUAGGUCUUGUGGUAUCUGUGGUUCUGGCGUACUGCGUUACCAGAGUUGCCAAGGCUGCUUUGGAAAAAGCUUUGGCCGAGAACGGAGAUGCUGUUGACUAUUUGGGUAUCUCCUCGCAGCUACCCAUCGUAGCUGAAUCAGAGCCUGUCGAUCUUAAUCAGCCCCUCAUAAUCAAGAUUGACUCUCCUCCAGAUGACUGCAAAUGAAAAGAUAACUAUUUUGACAUGUAAAUUCUUCAUUCUCCUCUUUCAAUAGGCCAGGCUUCCCUAAACAAAAAGGUUUUAUUUUUGUUAUAUGUACAAUCGAUAUUCCAUAACAUAGAAUCUAGGUUCUUGAUAUAGAACGACCAGUUUAUAAAUCAAGCAUGUAUUAAAGUAGCUGAUUGUUUCUUUUACCAUUACAUCACAAUAAAUGUGACAUUUCUAUAGAUUUAAGUGUUCGUUUA